GUCAUUUGAAUUUUAAAAAUUUGGCUCCCUUCCCUUUGAUUCUGGCACGACAUCUCUGUUUCCACCGGCCAUUCCACCGCCUACCUGUAAACGCAACGGCACCAUGAAAAAGACUAUGGUUUUCGAAUUUAGGGUCUCAAAAAACGUCAUUCGUCACAAUUGGAUCGUAGUUUUCCCCAAUUCAAAUAUCAUAUGAACAAAUCAAACAGGUUUUUUAAUUAUUCUGUGUUUCAGAAGAUUUAGAACUGGGAACGGAUCAUUUUGAGUCUGGAACCUCUGAAAAUGGUGGUGUCUGUCUAAAAGUUAAUUAGGGUCGAUGAGAAUUAGGGUUUUUCGUUAUACUGUGAAUCGGUGGCAGUAAAGAUUUGGAAAUGGAUAAUUUGGAGCCUGGAUGUGCUGAAAACAAUGGCAUUUCGGUUGAUGAAAGGAGCAGGGCUUCUAAUUCUAGGGUUUCUGGUGAUGUGGGGGUUAGGGUUGCUGAAAAUGAAACUGGCGGCGAGGCUCAGUUUGAAGAGACUUUUCCCGAUGCUUUGAAGAACACGCCUUCGAAUAUUGCAAAGCUUGAAGAUGUGAUUGAGAACUGCAAGGCUCGGACGAAGUACCUCGCUCAGACAAGGAGCCCUUCUGAUGGGGAGGACGUUAGAUGGUACUUUUGCAAAGUUCCACUUUCCGAGAAUGAGUUAGCAGCCUCGAUUCCUCGAACAGAAAUUGUGGGAAAGAGUGAAUAUUUCCGAUUUAGUAUGAGGGACUCUCUGGCAUUAGAAGCUUCUUUCUUGCAGAGGGAGGAAGAAUUGCUUUCUGCCUGGUGGAAGGAGUAUGCAGAAUGUAGUGACGGUCCCUCUGGACCCGAAUCAAAUUCUGCUAAGACGUCAAGUACAACAACAGAAGGCCAAACUAAUGCAGACGAUGAAGAGAGGGUUGGUGUCCCUGUAAAAGGAGGGCUCUAUGAGGUGGAUUUGGUUAAACGGCACUGUUUCCCAGUUUAUUGGCAUGGAGAAAAUCGGCGUGUCUUAAGAGGUCAUUGGUUUGCUCGUAAAGUGGGUCUAGAAUGGUUGCCUUUGCGUGAAGAUGUUGCUGAGCAGUUGGAAUUUGCUUACAGGUGUCAGGUUUGGCAUCGCCGUACCUUUCAACCUUCAGGUCAGUUUGCUGCUCGUGUUGAUCUUCAAGGGAUGGUCCAGGGAUUGCAUGCUCUCUUCACAGGUGAAGAUGAUACUUGGGAGGCUUGGUUGGGCAUUGAUACCUCUGGUUUGUCUAGUGUUAUUGGUUUUGGAGGAAAUGGAAUAAAACUAAGACGUGGGUUUGCUCCCUCUGGAUCUUUGAAACCAACCCAGGAUGAGUUGCGGCAGCGGAAAGAGGAGGAGAUGGAUGAUUACUGUUCUCAGGUCCCAGUUCGUCAUUUAGUCUUUAUGGUUCAUGGUAUUGGUCAGAGAUUGGAGAAAGCUAAUUUGGUAGAUGAUGUUGCCACUUACCGGCAUAUCACAGCUAGUCUUGCUGAGCGCCAUUUAACUUCAUAUCAACGCAACAAGCAAAGAGUUCUUUUUAUUCCAUGCCAGUGGAGGAGGGUUUUAAAGCUAGGCGGUGAAGCAGCUGUCGAGAAAAUCACAUUGGAAGGGGUCCGGGGUUUGCGUAUAAUGUUAAGUGCCACUGUUCAUGAUGUCCUAUAUUACAUGAGUCCCAUCUAUUGCCAGGACAUCAUAAAUUCGGUCUCUAACCAAUUAAACAGAUUAUAUUCAAAGUUUAUUAAGCGGAAUCCAGGUUAUGACGGGAAGGUUUCAAUUUACGGCCAUUCAUUGGGUAGUGUUCUCUCCUAUGAUAUUCUUUGCCAUCAAGAGAGUUUGUCCUCCCCAUUUCCAAUGGAGUAUAUUUCCAAUGCGUCAGUAGAAAAUGAAGGCUUACCAGCUGAUGCUUCUAAUCAAGCAGCUCAAUUCAGUAACAUGUUAAAUUUAGAUGAAACAACUGGCAUAGGAAAUGAUGGAAGGUUGUCGGAGACGAUAGAUUCUGCAAAUAGGGAGGAUAAUCCUAGUUCACUCCCAGAAUCCUUUGUUAACCUUGAGGGGGAUUCGACUUUGUUUUCUGCUCAUUCAGAGUCUUCUCUGACAUUAGAUGUAGGAUCAGGUUUGCCUGGGUCUUGUGGAUCACAUCCUGAAAUAGAAGAGAAUUUUCAUGUUUCUAGGCAACAGACUCUGGAUACAGAGCAACAGAAUGUUGCGUCCUUGUUGGAGGAAGACACCCUAGAGAAUGUAGAGGGUAUGGGUGAUAUGAGCGAUCGAUCGGCCAAAGUUCUGUGCACAAAGUUGGUUGAUAGACCUGAGGACAAUGGUGAUAAGGACAAAUUAAUGGCCAUGUUGAAAGAUGAGGUGGAGUCCCUCAAAGCUCUUGUGGUGAAACUACAAUCAAGAGAGAGAAAUUUACUUUGUACUGGAGAAGCUAAAAGUUCAGAUUGCCUUCAAGGAGAUAAACUGGAAAAUGUAGCCCCAGAAGUUACACCAUUGGAUCAGAAGAGUCCAGAUCUAAUUGAUUCUAGAAAGAGUUGCACUCCUUAUAUCAAGUACACAAAACUGGAGUUUAAGGUUGACACGUUCUUUGCUGUUGGAUCACCUCUUGGUGUGUUUCUUGCUCUCCGCAAUAUUCGGAUCGGGAUGGGUGAAGGCGAAGAAUAUUGGCAAGAUGAAGGAAUAACUGAGCAGAUGCCUGCCUGCUCAAAAAUGUUUAAUGUCUUUCAUCCCUUUGAUCCUGUGGCAUACAGAGUAGAGCCACUGGUCUGCAAAGAAUAUACCAGCAAGCGUCCUGUUAUCAUACCUUAUCACAAGGGUGGAAAGAGGAUACAUAUUGGAUUUCAGGAGUUCACCGAGGAUCUCGCUGCACGUUCUCAGGCCCUUACGAGUCGCCUCAACUCUAUGAGGGUCCGUAUGGUCAAUGUUUUUCAACCAGGAAAUAAGGGUAAAAAGCAAGCAGAGAUACAAGAUGUUGUGGAACCUGAGACAAGAACAUAUGGAUCUCUUAUGAUGGAAAGACUGACCGGAAGUCGAGAUGGUCGGAUUGAUUACAUGCUUCAAGAUGCGACAUUUGAGCACCCGUAUAUAUCGGCUAUCGGAUCACACACAAAUUAUUGGCGGGAUUUUGAUACUGCACUUUUUGUGCUGAGACACCUUUACCGAGAUAUACCUGAAGAGCCUGAGACAGCUGAGGGUGUAAAAGACAUUGAAACCUCAAAAAAUCAGAAAAGGUUAGCUUACAAGGAUUCUCACAGCGAAGAUAUGGAGGAAGAUCUUCCUUUGACAUUUUCCCAUAGUGAUUUGGUAAAGGAGUUUUCUAGGAAGGCGAAGAAGGUUCUGCAAAGCCCUUGAAGCUUCUCCCUUAACAGGUGAUCGUAGGAUUUGUAAAUCUGUGUAGUAUGCGUUUAUUGAAUGUGUUAGUGUUUUUAUUGAAUUUGUUAUGGCUUCGGAUUAUUUGCAGUAUCAGUUAAGUAGUCAAAUUUUGUAAAUAAUAUGUAAUGAACACCUUAAAAUUCUGAAGAUACUUUGUGAAUAUAUUCUUUAUUCAAAUGCUUAGGGUGCAUGCA